AUGAAUGGCCUCAACGGCAUGGAUGCACAGGGCGCAGAUAAGAAAUAUGUUACGCAGCGCCGCACAGUGGAUAUGAGCUCGCCUUAUGAAAGACUGUACUACCUCAAGAGGCACGGGCUUUCGCUGCCGUACAUUGAACCGGAAACCAGCUACACGACAAACAUCCUCCCCGCCGAUGCGUACGCGUUUAACAGAAGAGUUGUGAAUACACCUACGAAGUUCACGCAUCUCAGCUCAAACAAAGUCAAGCACGUUAUACCGGCGCUAGAAUGGACCCCGGAGGGACGCAGGCUGGUAGUGGCAACGUACAGCGGAGAGUUCUCACUUUGGAAUGGCUCUACAUUCAACUUCGAAAGCAUUAUGCAGGCGCAUGACAGCGCGGUGUCAGUCAUGACUUAUUCGCACGCAGGUGACUGGCUCAUAAGUGGCGACUCUGAUGGCACAAUUAAGAUAUGGCAACCAAACUUUAAUAUGGUCAAAGUUCUCGAUGAGGCUCACACGCAGUGCAUACGCGGGAUAUCAUUUAGCGGGACAGAUUCCAAGUUUGUGACAUGCUCAGAUGACAACAUUUUGAAAAUCUGGAACUUCAGCAACGGUCAACAAGAAAGUACGCUUACAGGCCAUCAUUGGGAUGUCCGAAGCUGCGAUUGGCAUCCUACGAUGGGUCUGAUUGCAUCUGGAUCCAAGGAUAACUUAAUAAAACUUUGGGACCCUCGUUCAGGGCAGUGCAUUUCUACUAUCCUUGGCUGCAAACACACAAUAAUAAGCACCAAGUUUCAGCCGACAAAGGGGAAUAUGUUAGCGGUGAUUUCAAAAGACAAGAGUUGCCGAGUUUUUGAUAUUAGGCAGAAUAUGAAAGAACUUGCGGUAUACCGCGAUGAAUCAGACUAUAUGUCACUAACAUGGCACCCCAUUAAUGAAUCAAUUUUUACUGUCGGCUGCUACGAUGGGUCAAUGAAGCAUUUUGACCUUAUGCAGGAACCACAGGACUCCUCCUCGGGCUGUUUCCACAACAUACCGUAUGCCCACGACAAAUGUAUAACCUCUUUGGCCUACAAUCCAGUUGGGCAUAUACUUGCCAGUGCAUCCAAAGACAGAACUAUCAGAUUCUGGACGCGAUCCAGGCCCCUCGAUCCUAAUGCAUUUGACGACCCAACCUAUAACAACAAAAAGGUCAACGCUUGGUAUUUUGGAAUCAAUAAUAAUAUCAAUGCCAUAAGACCCAAAACUGAAGACGGUAUUGCUUUGCCACCUGCUAAUGAUACUUCUGCCGGCGCUGCUGGUGGCCCAAGCACUAUUCCAGGACUGCGGUUGCAAUCACCGCCAACUUCUGGAUUGCCAGGUCUGAACUUCUAG